GCCUAUAGGUCUUGAGCUAAUGCUAUCCUUAGUCCCUUUAGAAGCCAAGUGUCUUUCAUCUGAGGGCCACGUAGCCUGUUACUGAUGUUAACCAGUUGGACUUCACAACCACCCUGCCAGGCAGGAUCUCCCCACUCAGCCAGACAGCGCCAUGGCAUGUCAACGACCUCUCCUGCUCUUGUUCUUUGUAGUGCUAGUAGUCAGCACCCACCUGUCGAGAGCUCAGCACUGGUCCCACGGCUGGUAUCCCGGAGGGAAAAGAGAACUAGAUUUGCCACAGACUCCAGAGGCUUCAGAAGAAAUCAAACUCUGUGAUGGGGAAGAGUGUGCUUAUCUGAGGAGCCCAAGGAAAACCAUUGUGAACACGCUGCUGGCUGACAUGCUGGCGAGACAACUACAGAAGAAGAAGUGAGCCCUUCCACAGACACUUUCCGAAAUGCUUGCCAGCCCCACUGGCUUUUCAGUCAUUUCCUUUGCAACAUGAUGGUGUGUCUGUAGAUUCCAUGUAUCUGACCGUUAAAGAAUUCUUAUGAACAUCUUGGCUGACUGCACUUGAAUGCUGAGAACGUGGAUAAUGGUGUAAUGUUUGAGAAAUGCCCCCGAUCCAUCACUCAGCCAGAACGAGGCCCUGUCUGGAGUUCUUUACGCACUUGUGUAAUUCCAUCAUGUUGAAUAAAAUACUUUAUUUUGCUACAUAUACAAUUCCAUCCACAUUUAUGUCCUUACCUAUGUCUUAAAAAAAUAAAAAUAAAUGAAUCUCCAGCCCCAUCAACCAGUUUUAAGCAUGCACUGAUUUUUUUGUACAAGAGUCAAGUCACAAAGCCCUUUAUUGGUAAUUCCUGGCCCUCCCUGAACUGCUUUCUGGGUAGUUCAGCCUUCUGGCUAAGUGCUGGAAUAUUCGGCCAAACUUGAUUCAAAAUGUGAGAAA